AUGAAACCAGCCUGGGGUGUCUCAUUCGCCACGCUGGCAGCGCGGCACGUGUCUGCUCACCCGCUCGUCAUUGACAAGGCUACAUUUCAGCUCAACGGUGGUGAUUUAAACGACAUCCCGAAUAGCAUCAAGACGCAAAAUGAGCUCCUGCGCUCCUACAGCUACAACACCCCUUGGCUCGCCGUCGGAGAGAUUAGCGGCUGCACCGCGACGUGGCUGGGCGACAAGGACAACUGGAGCUAUAUCCUGACGGCCGCGCAUUGUGCCGGGUAUAAAGACGAGGUUACAAGCGUGACCAAAACCUUCAAGGCAUGGGAUGGGCGCGUCAUUGCCUCGGGCAAGGGCACCGCGUACGUGCCACCCCAGCGCAUACACAAACCGAGCGGCAUGGGCGGCGCCUCAACGGACCUUGCGAUUCUAAAACUCCCUACCAAGGCGCAGAUUGUGGGGAAGACGGGCCGUCCACUGGAGCAGCCGAUCCUAAACGACGCCCUAGAUGAAAAAGGCCGGGACGUCGUCUUUGUCGGCUACGGGGCCUGGGGCGUCGGCGGACUGGGAAGCGGGUCCUUUUGGCCGGCAAAAGGCGCGCGGCGGCUGUACGCGCGGGCCCGUAUUGACGACAUUUUUGAACUCGACCACGGUAUCGGCGCGAGCUAUGACAAGGCCGGCCCAUCGGCGUCAUGGGGCCGGGUGGGGCCGGGCGAUAGUGGCUCAGCGUGGUGGCAGGUCCGUGACGGCCGGGCCGUCAUCAUCGCGGCGACCAACGGUGGCACCGGUUCCAAGUCAACGGGCGUGCGCGUCGCCAAGUAUAAGUCCUGGAUCCUAAGCAAGUACCCAGAAGCGCGGUUUUCGUCAGAGACGGGGCCGCGGGCCUGCAUCGUCAGCACACAGACCAACGAUAGGUACUGUAUGUCGCCCGGGGACACGGCCGAAUACGCGUUGCCAAAGUGGAUUAGGGGACACACGGUACGCGUGGAUGCCGGACCUGGCACGGCCGUGGAGCUGUGCGACAUGGACAACCUCUCAUACAACCGCGUCGCUGAAUUCGUUGGAAGCGUCGAGAACGCGGCGCUCAAGGCCGUCAAGGCCAACAACGGCGAGACGCUCGACUUCUCGCGGCCGCAUUCGAUGCGGGUCGUGAGCAGUACGACCAAUCUGGGGUGCAUCACUGCACUCGCGACGGUAGACAGGUUUUGCAUGCCGGCCGGGCAGAAAGCGCUGGCGCUUCCUGCGUGGAUCAUCCAGACCGAGGUGCAGGUGGAGGCAGUGGCGGGCGCGGCGGUCACAUUAUGCGACUUUGAGAACCUCUCAUACAAUCGUCUGGCAACAUUUACCGGGUUCGUGCAGAAUUGGGAUCUGAAACGAGUCACGGCCGCGAACAAGGCGGUACUAGACUUUUCCCGCCCAAGGUCGAUGAAGGUGUCUUGA